UUAUUAUGGAUUAUUUGCGUGAAAAGGUUGUUGUGAUUAGCGGUGCCAGCGCAGGAAUAGGAGCCGCUUGUGUUAAAACCUUAUUAACAGCUGGUAUGAUAGUUGUUGGUUUGGCUCGUAGGCAUGAGUACAUAUUAAAUAUGAAAAAAGAUUUAUCGCCCGAAUUAAGCAAACAUCUUUUUGCUAUACGCUGUGACGUUACGCAAGAACGACAAGUAUCGAAGGCCUUCGAUUGGACCAAUGACAAAUUGGGCGGAUGUGAUAUACUUAUAAAUAAUGCGGGUAUAAUCGCGAGUGCUCAACUUUCCGAAAAGAAUAACACUCAACAAAUCCGUGAUACGAUUGAAACUAAUAUUAUGGGAGCAGUUUUUUGCAUUCGCGAAGCCUUUCAUUCUAUGCGUAUGCUUAAAAAUGGUAACGGUCAUAUUGUUAUUGUGAAUAGCGUUGCAGGACACCAAGUGCCCAAUUUAGGACCCGAUUUGCCAUCGCUUAACAUAUAUCCAGCAACGAAAUUUGCUUUGAAGGCAAUGAAUGAAAUCUAUCGUCAAGAAUUUCAGCGAAAUAAAACUCAAGUUCGUGUAACGACUGUCAGUCCCGGAGUAGUCGAUACCGAUAUACUGCCAAUAGAUAUUCAAAAUAUUGUAAAACCCGUAAUGCCAAUGCUGCAAGCGGCAGACGUUGCCGACGCUAUUUUAUGGGCGUUAAGUAGACCAGCAAACGUACAGGUUCAUAAUAUCAUCAUUAAACCCAUGGGGGAAAAAUUCUAAAGAGAGGAAAGGAACAAAAACAAAAAUUAACAAAAUACAAUAAAUAUAGUUUACAUUGAUAUAUAU